AUGCUAUCAAGAGCAGCUGAAAUGGCAACUCCAAUGUCAUUUAUUUUCUUCAUCUUUCUUGGACAAGCCAUCAGCUUUUCCCCUCUUGAAGCCACAGAAACAAUUGGUGGACUAGUUACUAAUAAUCGAGUUCAACUUGAUCGAAUUCGAGUUGACACAGAGGCUAAGAAGCAAUGGGAUUCCAACUACACUACCAGUUCAACAGCAACAGAAGCAUAUCGGUUCAAGUUCACCUGUUUAAAGAAGAAUUUAACCUUCUUUCAAGACCCCGUCACACCAUAUUACCUCACUUGCAAUUUAACCGGACAUACUAACACACCAUUAUCAAUUUCUUUUGACACAGACAUUCAUGCUCUCGCCAAACUUGAUCCACCAUUUUGGGUCUAUCAAGAUGUUGGAGACGUUUCCAGAACUUUCAAAAUCAGUAUUCUCCGUCAACGCAUGGGAAGUGUUUACCUAAACAUCUGGAUCAGAAAAGCUUUGGGAGGAGGAGAUCAGAAAUUAGUCCAUGCUUUCGAUAAGACUAAUUCGCUCCAGGUUGAGGAAUAUACACGAUGGUUGGUUGGAGGAAAAGCAAUCUACGAAAACGAAACUGAUCCAGUAUCCCUUGGAAUUCAUUUGAAAAUCCUUCGACCAAGGGGCGUAAUUGAAACGGUCUUUCGAGUCUUUGUUGCUACCAUGGUAUGUGGCCUAACUCUAGUUAUGGGUUGCGAACUGGAAUUAAAGCUAAUUUGGCACCAUCUGAAGCGGCCAGCCUCUCCUUUAAUCGGAUUCAUUUGUCAAUACGGACUUAUGCCAAGUGUGAGUUCUCUUUGA